AUGACAUUUUCUUCAACAAAAGAGUUUAAUGAUUACAUAUUAAUUCUAAUUGAAAAAAAUCCACAGAUAUUAACUAAUGUAGAAAAAAUAUAUUCAAAAAUAAAUAGUUAUGGGAUAAUCCCAAACGCAACAACAUACAAUAUCCUUCUUGAAGCUAUUGGUAAUCUGAAAAAAGAACCUCUUAGCAUGAGUAAAAUGAUGAAUUAUUAUAAUAAAAUGAUAGAAAGUCACAUUGUGCCAAGUCAUUACACCUUUUCUAUACUGAUAAGACAUUUAGGUAAAAGAUAUCGUGAAUUUGAUUAUCAGAAAAUAUUUUGGACUAUGAGGUUAAAGUUAAAACCAGAUGACAAGUAUGCAUCACAAUGUAUAGAAAAUAUUAGAGUCGAAGAGAACAACCUAAAUUUAGCACUGGUGAUGCUUAAUGACGCAUUUAGAACUAAAGCCAUUAAAUAUGAUACUGAUCUUUAUGAUUGGUUAUUAUGCUCAAUCGCAUAUGGUGGUAAAAUUGAGGAUGCAUUAAAUGUUUUUGAGAAUAUGGAAAAAAAUCGAGUUGUUUCACCACUUACAUAUGGAUAUUUGGUUCGUUUAUAUGGUAGAGUUGGUGACAUAGAAUGUGCAUUAGAAUGUUAUCAAGAAUAUGUGAAAAAAUUGCCAUCAUACUAUAAAAAUAUGGUUCAGAAUCCAUUAGCCAUCUACAAUCACCUAAUAUAUGCUUACGUAAAUUGUAAUGAUUUCAAUGGUGCAGCAAAUGUGAUGGACAAUCUUAUUCCUCGGAAUAAUCUUAAACCAAAUGACUCGACGUACUAUACUAUUAUAAAGAGUUUAUGUGAAAAAGGGGAAAUUAAAUUAGCAGAAAAAUAUUUCAACAAAUUCAACGCUCAGCUGCAACAUACAUCAUCACCGUUAUUAUUAAAUAUCCGUGCUAAGAUCUAUUCUACACUUGUGGCACACUAUUCCACAACCACUGGCUAUUAUAGUAAAGCUACUGAGUUGUUUAAUAAUGUGAUGGGAAGGGAAGAUUUGAAAAUAGACAGUGCAGCGCUUAAUGUUUACAUCUAUGCAACAAUUAAAUAUCAAAUAGACAAAUUAAAUGAACUUGUAGAGUCUUUAUUAAAUUCGGGUCGGGUCUUUGAUGACUACCUUACAAAAGAUAUAAUAAUGCAUUACUCAGAGGUCGAAAGCCCAUCAAAAACAUUAAAUAUCAUGGCAAGGAUUUUGUUUAAUUACCAAAAAUCCAUAAAUGGCAUAGAAAGAUUUUACCAUUAUAAAGAAUUAUUUGCUUAUUUAUUGAACAACAGCGAUGUUUCAUUAAACGAAGCAAUUGAUUUCAAAUUGAAGUUUUAUUAUUGUUCUUUCGAUAUAUCACCUAUUGUUAAUGAGAUUUUAAUCAAAAAAUAUAAUGCAUUAAAAAAACAAUCAAAACACUUUUCUCGAUUAAAAUCGCUCUCCGAAACACAAAUUUCUGGGCUAUUUGAUAGUUUUGGCUUUAAAUUACGUGAUGAUAAUAAAAAUGAAUCUAUUAAUGACCACAUUAAUGGAUUAUUGGAAUUGAUGGAUGAUUUUGUUGCAACUGGAGUUAUGGUCCCGUAUCAUACAAUUGAAAAAUACUCUGAUCCUCUGAAAGAAUUUGGCGAUGAAGAAGCUAUUAAAACAUGGAAUGAGUUAUGCUUGACAAUGACAAAAAUGUACGAUAUUAAUAAAAAGGACAAUGAUGAUGUUGUUGUUGAAGCAGAUAAGGAAGAUAAAUCUGGCGAAAUAUUGAUGAUGGAGCGUAAUCCAACAACGGAAGAAAUAAAUCGAUCAUCAGAAUUGGCAAGUAUUUGUAGGGGUAACGAUAUUAAACCCGGUGUUAUCUUGACAGGAAUCAAACAGAUUCUUGAUGAUAAUUUAUUGCCUACACCUGAGCUAGUAAGUCAAGCAAUUAGAAAUUUGGGAAAACAAAAUAAAUUAGAGGAGGCUCUAGAAAUAUAUAAACUUUUCUUGACUUUUUAUACUCAGUGGAACAAACAAGUCAGAGAGAAAGCGUUAUACUAUAUAUAUAAUAGUGUUUUGAUUGCUUAUGCUAGUAAUGAUAAGGCAGACGAGGCUUUUAAGGUGCAUGAUGAAAUGAUCAAAAAAUGUUGGCAUCCUGAUGCAGAUGCAUAUGCUGAUCUUCUGGUGGUUGAAAAAGAGGCUGAUCCAUAUGACAUCUCAACUGUUUUAAGUAUUUAUUCAGAAAUAAUAAAAUUUAAAAUCAGGCCGACGAUAUAUCUUUGUAAUGUUCUGAUAAGUAAAUUUGGAAAGGCACUUUGGGUUGACUUGGCACAAAAGAUAUACGAUGACAUGGAAAUAAAUCAAAUUCAGCCCACUGUUAUCACAUAUGGAGCUUUGCUUUCAGCUUAUACUAAAGCAAAAUAUGAGGAAAAGGCACUUGAAUUGUUUCGACAGAUUGAAAAUAAAGCAGAUAUUCGAUUAAGAAUUGGACAAUACAACACCAUGAUGCAAUAUUAUAUUACGGAUGUUCCUAGUAAAGAAAAGGUGCUUGAGUUUUAUCACAAAAGUCAACAAAGAAAUCUAGAGCCUAAUUCACACACAUAUAAAAUAUUAAUAGAUAUGCAUGCUACAAUUGAACCAUAUGAUAUGAAAUCAGCAUUAAAUGUUUUGGAAGAGAUGAAACAGAAAGACGUAAUAGUGCCUAAAGCUACACACUAUGCAUCAUUAAUAUAUGCGUAUGGAUAUUGUCAAAAGGAUUUAAAAAGCGCUUUAGAAGUGUUUCAUUCUCUGGAAUCAACGCACAGCAUUGCUCCUGAUGUAGAAAUUUUCAAAGCUUUAUUAGAUGCUUUAUUGGGUAAUGGGAAGAUCAAGGAAGCGGAAGAAUAUUAUAACAUGAUUUCUAAUGAAGCAAAUAUUAAAUCUGCAAGUAUCGACAAUCUAUUUAUUAAAAGUUAUGGGAAAUUAGGGCAAUUGGAAAAAGCAGAAAAGUUAUUUAACAGUAUGAGCGAUAUUUCAAGAGAACCAGGCACUUAUGAAGAAAUGAUUACAGCCUACAUUUCGAACGGAAAUAUUGAAAAGGCGAAAGGGAUUGUACAUAUUUUGAAAAACAAAAAUUAUUCAAAUAUUAUAAAAAACAAUAUAAAUAAUCUAUUACGAUCGUAA